AUGGGCCUGAAGGACCAUCUGGAGGAUGGGACAGGCCACAUCCUCAGCCUGGAGCUGGAUCUGGACUACCUCCAUGUGGAAGGUGCUGAUCGUCAGAGGAGUCUGAGCACUGCAACCGAUGCAGGGAUUGUAGGAAUCUCGCAGGUCAGAGCUGGUGCCCCACAUAACAACAGCAUUGAUAGUAGUGGUAAUAGUUUUAGUACUCACUCAAGCUAUAGCAGCAGCAGUAGUUGCAGUAAUUUCUCAGAGGAGAGUGCAGUAUCCGACAGUGAAGAUGAGCGAAUCCAGAAUCGGUCCGAGUUUCAGAAUCCUCAUCGAGAUCAGCCUCACCCACACCACCAAGAGUCCUCCUCUGCCUGUCAGCCGGUCAGGCUGGACCUGACACAGCCAGACACAUCACCUCCGACCGACCCUGUCACUGACUGCCGCAACAAGGUGGAGUUUGCUCUCAAGCUAGGUUAUUCCGAGGAGCUGGUGCUGCUGGUGCUGAGGAAACUGGGCGCAGACGCACUCAUCAAUGACAUCCUGGGAGAGCUGGUCAAACUGGGAACCAAGACAGAGAUGGAGCAGCAAGGAGGUGCGACUGUUUACCAGUCUCCCUCCACCUCUUUAUCAUCCUCUUUGGCCUCCUCCACCUCCUUCAGCUCCUCUCUGGACUCCUGUCGGCUGCUGUGUGCGUCCCAGCUGCUGGAGGACAAAGAUAACCUUCGGCCUGUUGUGGUGGAUGGGAGCAACGUAGCCAUGAGUCACGGAAAUAAGGAAGUGUUCUCGUGUCAAGGCAUCCAGCUGGCUGUUGAUUGGUUCUUAGAAAGAGGCCACCGUGACAUCACUGUUUUUGUCCCUGCCUGGAGAAAAGAGCAGUCGCGGCCUGACGCUCUCAUCACAGACCAGGAGAUUUUGAGGCAACUAGAGAAAGAGAAGAUCCUGGUCUUCACUCCAUCUCGCCGUGUGCAGGGGCGUCGCGUGGUUUGCUACGACGACCGCUUCAUCGUCAAACUGGCCUACGAGUCCGACGGCAUCAUUGUCUCUAAUGACAACUACCGCGACCUUGCCAAUGAAAAGCCAGAGUGGAAGAAAUUCAUCGAUGAGCGUCUGCUGAUGUACUCCUUUGUAAAUGACAAAUUCAUGCCACCAGAUGACCCACUAGGACGUCAUGGACCCAGUCUGGACAACUUUCUAAGGAAGAGGCCUGUUAUUCAGAGGAAGCAGCCGUGCCCAUAUGGGAAGAAGUGCACAUAUGGCCACAAGUGCAAGUUUUACCAUCCUGAAAGGGGCAGCCAGCCCCAGCGUGCCGUGGCUGAUGAGCUCCGAGCCAGUGCCAAAAUUUCAUCAGCCACUUCCAGAGGCCUGCUGGAAGACUCCCUGAUGAUAAAGAGCCAAAGUCCUGGUCAAGGUCACAGAAUGGCUGAGGCCGAGCCAAGUCAGGGCACUCCAAAGAAACAACCAAACCCCAGCCCCCGAAGCUCCUUCAGUGACCUCCUGGAGGACAGGCUUCGGGUCCAGUCCAAAGUGGAAGGACAGAAGGGAAGCAGCAGCAGCAGCAGCAGUAGUUGUAGCAUCAACUUUUUAGGGUAUCCUGCUCCCGGGGCACCUCCUUCAUCAGGAAACCUGGAUAAAUGGGAAUACCCUGGGGGAAGUUCCAGAUUUGCUGGAGCCUUGGGACCGAGUCAGGCCGACACUUACCACAGAUGUCAGUCACCAGAGGUAGGAUACAGCUCACUGGCAAAGGCAUAUUCAAGCCUCAAUCUGGUUGUGCCACAAAGUCAUGAAUGCUUCUUCCCAGCUGAUCUGCGAGCAGGCUUGCUGUCAGAUUGUAGCAGUGAAGGCAGCAUCAGCUCGGACUCCUUCUCCCCUGAUCCCUUAUUAGAUGACGGCCCCAAGUGCCACCAUCACCACCACCAUCCUCAUCACCAUCAUCACUGCUCUGGCCAGUACACCCGUCCUACAAGUCGUGUCCCACCUGGAUUGGGCCAUCGUGCUCCUCAUGGCUAUCCCAUUCCUCUAGCAUUGCAAAGACAGCGUGAUUUUGGUUGGGAAGACCAUUCAUCUUCGGUUACGUGUCACGCAUCUCCACAUCCUUUCAAAAGCCCAUCGGCCUAUGUUGCACCCCACCUUCAAUAUUCGUCACCGAGCAGUUUCCCAGGGGAAUUCCCAGCUAGUCCACGAUGCCCACCCCAGACCUCGCCUGCCCACUCCCACUCUAAGAGCUCCUCCCUUGGCCGAAACCUAAUGGGCUCCCUUUGGCAGGAUGGUGGGUUCCCGGACUCCAGAGUAUACGAAGGGUCACCACUUAAUUCCCGAAGAAACUACACUUCCCUAAACCAACAACCACUGCCGCACAUAAACUGGGAGCCCCAAUACCAACAGUCGCCCAAGUCCUGCUAUGAUCUGUUUACCUUGCAGAGCAGGGGGAGGGAAGCUCAUUCAUCGCCCCAUGGCCUCUCAACAUCGAGUCUUCCACCGCUCCCGCAGCUGCCCCUCACAUCCAUCUCUCCCCACAAAAGCGACCUGCCCCCAGUGUCGCAGCACCAGGAUCCCCCAACCCUGGGUCGAUACCAGGACCUGAGAGAGAGGAUGUUUGUUAACUUGUGUUGCAUCUUCCCUCCAGAUUUAGUGAGAAUGGUGAUGACCAGAAACCCUCAUGUGAUGGAUGCUCAGGAGCUUGCAGCUGCAAUUUUGAUGGAGAAAAUGCAAAUCUAG